GUAUCUCACAAACAUCCGCUGUAGCUUGCAGGAUUAUGAAAGCGUGAUUAGUGAAUACUUUUUAACUGCGCCAGCGGAUAGACGCAGACAGAUGGCCUGGUUUGGAUGGCUUAUUUAGGACCUAGGCUGGUACCGUCACGCGUCUUUCUUUCCGGUGUGUCCGCCUUAAGACUCGUCUCCUCUGCCGGGAUGGACGACAUGGGUCUGGCCAUGAGUCGUUCUUCGCUGGAGCGGCUCGAAUUUGACAACGUCGCCCUCAAGAAACUUCCCCUGGAUCCAUCCGAGGAGCAGGGGGUGCGGCAGGUGAAAGGAGCGUGUUUCUCCCGGGUGACACCACAACCGCUGACCAAGCCUCGGUUCGUGGCCGUGUCCCACCAAACUCUGGCACUGCUGGGGCUGGACGGAGAGGAGGUCGUGAACGAUCCUCUCGGGCCAGAAUAUCUCAGCGGAUCCAAAGUCAUGCCAGGAUCUGAACCCGCCGCUCACUGCUACUGCGGACAUCAGUUCGGACAAUUCGCCGGACAGCUGGGCGAUGGGGCGGCCUGUUACCUGGGAGAGGUGAAGGUUCCGUCUGGCCAAGAUCCCGAACUUCUCCGAGAAAACCCGAGUGGUCGGUGGGAGAUUCAGGUGAAAGGAGCUGGGCUGACCCCCUACUCCAGACAAGCUGAUGGCCGUAAGGUCCUGCGUUCCAGUAUAAGAGAGUUCCUGUGCAGCGAGGCGAUGUUCUUCCUGGGCGUGCCCACCACCAGAGCAGGCUCUGUAGUCACUUCUGACAGCAGGGUCAUACGUGAUGUGUACUACAACGGGCACGCUCGCCGCGAAAGAUGUUCUGUGGUCCUCCGCAUUGCUCCUACCUUCAUCAGGUUUGGAUCUUUUGAGAUCUUUAAGCCCGCCGAUGAGUUCACAGGUCGCCAGGGUCCCAGUUAUGGGCGCGAUGAGAUCCGAGGUCAGAUGAUGGAUUAUGUCAUUGAGAUGUUCUACCCUGAGAUCCAACAGAACUACCCAGAUCGGGUGGAGAGGAACGUAGCUUUCUUUCGAGAGGUGGUGCUUCGUACAGCUCGACUUGUGGCUCAGUGGCAGUGCGUGGGAUUCUGCCAUGGUGUCCUGAACACGGACAACAUGAGCAUCCUGGGACUCACGCUGGACUAUGGUCCAUACGGCUUCAUGGACAGAUUUGAUCCAGAUUUUAUUUGUAAUGCCUCGGACAACUCUGGACGAUACUCCUACCAAGCCCAGCCAGCUAUCUGUAGGUGGAACCUCGUAAAGCUAGCAGAGGCUCUUGCUCCAGAGUUGCCACCAGACCGGGCUGAGGCUGUACUGGAGGAGUACCUGGAUCUUUAUAACCGUUUCUACUUGGAGAACAUGAGGAAGAAGCUGGGUUUGCUGAAGAAGGAGGACCCUGAGGACGAGAUCCUGAUCACCAAACUGCUUCAGACAAUGCACAACACAGGUGCUGACUUCACCAACACUUUCCGUAGCUUGAGUUUGAUUUCUUGUCCCACUGAGGAAAAUAGUGAGGGAGAAGAGGACUCUGUCAAGAAAGCCACAGACCUCUUGAUUGAGCAGUGCGCCUCCCUAGAGGAGCUCAAGGCUGCUAACAAGCCCACGAUGGAUCCACGUGAACUGGCAAUGCUGCUUUCUAUGGCUCAGAGCAACCCAACACUGUUCCAGAUGAUCUCAGACAGAGCAACAAUUGCGAGGCAGUUAGAGCGACUCAGCAAACUAAAGGAUCUGAUGGAGACCACCCAGGAGGAGCUGAAAACCAAACAGGCAGAGGAUUGGACAUCCUGGAUCACUCAGUAUAGGAAACGUCUGGCUCGUGAGCUGGAAGGCCAGAGUGAUGUGCAGGCUGUGCAAGAGGAGAGAGUGAGGGUGAUGGACAGCACCAACCCUCGCGUGAUACUCAGAAACUACAUUGCCCAGAAUGCCAUAGAGGCUGCUGAGAAUGGGGACUUCUCUGAGGUCCAGCGUGUCCUCAAGGUUCUGGAGAAGCCUUUCUCUUCACAGCCAGGUCUGGAGCUCCCUGCGUGGGUCAGUGGAGGUGGGACCAGUGCAGAAGGAGAAAGGGAUGAAGGAGAGGAGCAACAGCAAGAAGCAACUACCUCUAUGCCCAGAAAUCCUGUGCCUUAUGACAGCAAGCCCCCAGCUUGGGCCAAUGAAAUCUGUGUCACAUGAUCUUCGUAGUAACUUCCUUGACUGUAAUCUCUCCUGCCUAAAAUAACAAGAGAGUUUCAAAGUGUUGAAAAAUAUUUUUUUCACAUUUUUAUAACUCUACAGCUACUGGACAACUUUGUUAUUUUAGCAGGCAGUUUCAGGAAAGUCGGCAUGAGGCACAGCACCUCACAGGCAAGCUGGAUGGCACAAAACAGACAGACAGCGUGUUGAGUUUGUUUCCACAAAAAAUACAAAUUCUAUAUAAAAUUUAGCAAUAUAUACGUUUUAAAGCUGUAAUAUCAGUUUUUUGUAUCCUUGUUUAACAUUUGAGUCAUCCUUAAAUAAGUGGAUGAGAUUUUAUAUAAAAUUUAUAUAUGAUAUUGUGCAGUUUAAGCAGUAUAUUUACAGAAACUCGGGUCAGAUUUCUUUUUCCUGUCUGUUUUGUGUUUAAUAAGCUAUUAAUGAUGAGUCAGGCAACAAGUCUUACAGUGGCCUGUCUGGCUCUGACAAACUGUGAGGUGUCACCUCGACAUAUACCAAAAAUAUGUGUGUGAGAGAGUGAAUGUGUUAUGAUGAUUUUAUAUCUGUGGCUAAAACUGUGUUACUGUACAUGAUUAGGAUGCCGCAGCCAACAAACACGCACAGUAUAAAGCAGAUAAGCACGCACAGUAUGUUUUCCUAUAUUAGAAAGCAUUUUCUUUUGCAGCUGUCAAGACAUUCAUAGAGCCACGGAUGUAAUUUACUUUUUUUUUGUUGUCUAGUAACUAAGUUUAGUGAAGGACAAACGAGAACAGGAUGUUGCGAUUUACUUUUUUCAGGUUGUGGCUACACAGAAAGAGGAAGUUAUUUGUAGAAUGUGCCACAAAAAAACUUUUUUUGUGCAAAGAGUAAAAGAGAGUCACAGCCAUUCAUAGAUUUGUAUUAACUGUACUGCAUACCCAGCAGCACUACUCAUCACAUGUUGCGCCUUUUUGGUGAAUAUGCAUUAUGUGAAAUGUCCGUUUGAGCUCUUCUAACCGAAUCAGUAAACUGAGUGCUCAAGAGUCUUUGUUUUUUUAUUUUACUUUGUGGCAUACCUGCAGUUCAGUUACAGAAGGAAACUCCACGUCCAUGUCUGUGUAACAUUUUAAUGUUGUCACUGUUUCUUAAUCUCUCAAAUAAUAAAUGUCCUCCUGUAUAAAUGUCACAGAGAACACGUGACCAUGUAA